UCGUCGCGUCAGAUAGUUGUGCUCGUAUGUAAAACGCUAAAGUGUUGUUAAUAAUUUGGUGCGAUUUGUUUUAUUGAAAGUGUAUUCAAUUUCAAUUAACAAAUAAGAAAUAAUGAAAAGAAAUCCAAGUGUAUUUUCCAGUAUAAUAACAACGGUAUGCAUAGUAUUCAGUAAUUUUCAACAUAUCUAACACACACUACACCUACGAAGUUACCAAAAAGCGAAACAAUGUGUGCGUGUUAACAAAAUGUUGGUGUGCAUGUAGUGGAUUCUCCGAGAGUGCUGCAUAUGCACUCAUAUACAUAUGCAUAAAUAUAUGCAUUAGUGUUUACGUUUGUAUGUAGUUGUAUUACCUGUAAACAAGUGUGUGACUUUUACAUGUGUACGAGUAUUACUAGUAAGCCCAUAAUUACCCACGUUUAGUCAACCCUUUUCGUGGAACGUUGCAACUUUGGGUUGAUCGCGCUAGUUGACACACCGUCGCUAAUGCCAGUUUGUCACAAUGUCAAUUUGAAUAAAAUGAAAAGCAUAAUAGCAAUAGCAAGCAAAAAUAUAACCAGUGAGAGUCAGAGUGUUCAUAACAGCGCUGCCAAAGCAAUCGAGUUUAUGUGAAUGUAGACGAGUUACGGUUUGUGUUCGUAUUUUGUUGUUUUGUAAUGUUAAUAGCAGCUUUGGGCAAACAAACAACAAGGUAACAACAAGCGCGAUUUUGACGCUAUUUUGGGCGUUGCCGCAUAUGGUUGAAGCUCUUCGACUGUUUUGUUUAAAAACAAAGUUGUUACGUAUUUGUUUGGAUGCAUACCUUCAAAUAAGCAAAUAUAAAAUAUUUCGCGACUCAGCAACACAACACUGCCAUGCACCAGAAAGAUUCGAGGCCAAUAACUAUCUAAACUACUUCUGAACAAUCGACAGCAGAGAACAAAAAAGUCCCUAAUUUGUCCAUAAGCAAUAUGAAGACAUACAAGCAAACAAAAGAUCGAAUGCGUAAACUAAGCCACACAUACAGGAAUGGCAAGCCACACCACAACAAACUUACUCCAUUGUUUAGUAUAACAACUAUUCGAAUAAAAAACUUUAAAUAUCGAGACAAACUGCAUCUCACUACAGUCUUCGCCAUAUCUAUUUAUGUGGUACUAAGCAUUUUAUGUGGAGUUGAAGCGCAGACUCGUGAUCCCCAUUUUUACUCACGUCCGGGUGUCAAUGAUUAUAAUUGGCCAAACCCAGGUGAUCCUGAUUACAGAACCUAUAUUUUUAAUGAUCGGCGUUAUGGGCACUACUUGCCAAACGGUUAUGGCACAAAUUAUCCAGGCAGAAAUUCUCCUGGGCAAUAUCCACAGGGAAUGCCCAACGAGGACCGAUUUCGAUUUGAUCCCAACAAUCCGAAUGCUGCGCAUACUCCUUUCCCUGGCAUUUUGGCAGGUUGGCGUGAAGAUUUGCAGGGUAAACAGCGCCGUGACUCGCUCACGUUAGACCGCGACGUAUUCGUCACGACCAAUUAUGGACAAGUGCAAGGAUUUAAAGUCUACAUGUACGACAAUCCUGAUCCCAAAUCUUUCUACAGGCCAUACCAUUCGACCGUUGAUAGGGUGAUGGGUGAAUGCUCAGUUUUUUUGGGUAUUCCUUAUGCCUUACCUCCAACCUUCGAGGGUCGCUUUAAGCCACCACGUUUGCACCGUGGAUGGCAGCUGCUGCAAGCUGUUGAUUACGGACCGGCGUGCCCACAACCAGUGCGCUAUACAGGCGCAACCAAAGGCAUAACGGACAUGGAUGAAGAUUGUCUUUACUUGAACAUCUUUUCACCAAAAACUGGUGCUGGUGUGGCGCAAAAAUAUCCUGUGAUGGUCUAUAUUCAUGGUGGGGAAUUCAUUCGCGGUGCCUCGAAUCUUUUUCAAGGUCAUAUACUUGCAUCAUUCUAUGAUGUUGUUGUUGUCACUAUAAAUUAUAGACUUGGGGCACUCGGAUUUUUAUCGACCGGCGAUGAGAACUCGCCCGGAAAUUAUGGGAUCUUAGACCAAGUUAUGGCUCUGAAGUGGAUAUAUGACAAUAUUGAGUUUUUCAACGGUGAUCGGGAAUCGAUUACAUUGUUUGGUCCUGGUGCGGGCGCAGCAUCUGCGGGCCUGUUAAUGGUUGCACCACAAACUAAAAACAUAGUGAAACGAAUUAUUGCACAAUCGGGAGCAGCCUUGGCGGACUGGGCGCUGAUCCAAGAUAAAUAUCGUGCACAGAACACCAGUCGUGUGUUAGGGCAGUUGCUCGGUUGUUCCAUAGAAUCGUCAUGGAAAUUAGUGAACUGCCUCCGGACUGGGCGCAGCUUCUAUGAGCUGGGCAAUGCGGAAUUCCCUCCACAAGUAGGUACGUUCCCUUGGGGUCCAGUGCUGGAUCACAACUUCACAGUGCCCGGCGAUGAUUGGUAUGAAGGUUGGCGUGAAAAAGAUUGGAGAUUCCUUACACAAACACCAGAAACUCUAAUUAGACAAGGGCAAUUCAAUCGUGGUUUGCAGUAUAUGACAGGUGUGACAACCCAAGAGGCAGCUUUUUUUGUAGCACAAAAUGAGUCUUUAGCUCCUUAUUACGAAAUCGAUAACAAAUUUUUUGAUCAAAAAAUUCGCGAACAUGUAUUCCGUUACAAUUACACACUGAAUCCGAAUGGCGUGUACGAGGCUAUUAAAUACAUGUAUACCUAUUGGCCAGAUCCCAACAAUAGUUCAAUUUUACGCGAUCAGUACAUAAAUAUGCUUUCUGAUUUGUAUUAUCGAGCACCAGUUGACCAAAUGGUCAAACUACUAUUGGAACAGCGCAUUCCGGUUUAUAUGUAUGUCCUGAACACAACAGUGGAGGCGCUGAACUAUCCACAAUGGAGAAAAUAUCCGCACGAUAUAGAGCACUAUUUUCUCACAGGUGCACCAUUCAUGGACAUCGAAUUCUUUCCCAAGAAGGAACAUCUACAGCGCAACAUGUGGACUGACAAUGAUCGAAAUAUGAGUCACUUUUUUAUGCAAACCUACUCAAAUUUCGCUAGAUAUGGCAAUCCGACACCACAACAAGUUUUGGGCAUGCAUUUCCAACGUGCCUACCAAGGGGAACUGCGUUAUUUGAAUAUCAAUACUACGUUUAACUCAUCAAUAUUGCUCAAUUAUCGGCAAACAGAAUGUGCGUUUUGGACGCAAUAUUUACCAACGGUAGUCGGAGUGCUGGUUCCGACCUAUCCGCCCACAACAGAAUUUUGGUGGGAGCCGAAGGAGCCAUUGCAAAUUGCAUUUUGGACAAUGUCGGUUGCUUGUUUCUUUCUCAUCGUUUUAGUGGUAAUUUGCUGUAUUAUGUGGCGUAAUGCUAAAAGGCGCUCAGACUUUUACGACGAAGAUGUUUUCAUAAAUCCUGAUGGUACAGAGCUACCUAAUGAUCAACAUAGCGGUGUAGACAACUCCCAUAUGGUUGCAAAUCAUCAUGCGCUCCGAUCUCGUGACAAUAUCUACGAAUACCGUGAUUCUCCAUCGUCCAAGACGUUGGCCAGUAAAAUCCACACGGAUACAACAUCCAUUCGUUCGCCCAGUUCAUUGGCCAUGACACAGAAAUCGGGCAGUCAGUCCUCCUUGAAGUCGGCGAUUUCACUAAAGGAAACGAAUGGCGGUACCUUAACUAGCAGCUCGAGCAGCGCACGUCCUUCGCGCUUGACCUCCCUCAAUAACGGUGCAGCAGCAACUUUACAACAACAACAAUCAAGAAAUGUAGAAGAAAAACGGUUAUUAGCAAGUGAGUCAUCUAUACCAAUAUCAGGUACACCAUUAAUAACAACUACAACAGCUUCGAUCUCUGCCGCUCCGGUUCCUUUAAGUUCCAAGCUCAAAGCGACACCUUCGACUGUCCCCACAAGCACAGGCCCCAACGUAGCUGGUGCCAUAAGCAGUCGCAGCACAACACCGGUGCCCAGUGCGCGCACCCACACUCAUACUACCACGGCAACCAUAACUUCUGCACCACAGCUGCAACGAUCACUCCCACCCACAUCAGCCACACAGAUACCGCCACAACCUCAAGCGCGCACUCAGGUUAUCGAAGGGGUACCGCAAACAUCGGUUUAAGAAAGGCGGGUAACUUGAAUUGCAAUGCAAAACAGAAAAGCUCAUCUAGAGAGAAUAAAAUGCAAAGUAUCUCAUCAUAUUUCAUCGAUUACUAUGUAUGUAUGUAUAUUUAUGUACCUAGCGUCGGUCUCGUGUAGAAAUGGUAACUUGGUUGGAAUUGGCUAUAAUUUUUAGUUUUAACAGACUAACAUUAAAUAAACACUCGUAUGAAAAUUUGCAAACAAUUUUAUUACAUAAAACAUACGCCGCGAAGGCGUUAAUUCUUCUAAUUUCUAGUAUCAAAAUUACCAACAAUUGUACAUAAGCGCUUUUAAUUUUUAUGCAGUUGUUUCUUCCCAAAAUUAAAAAAUGUUUUUUACGCGAUUAUCACUGAAAAUGAGACACGAAAAACAUUUGCAGUGUAGUGAGUUUAGUUGGAAUCAAAAUUACUUAAUUUAGACAAACAAAAAUACACACUUAGAUAUAAACCAACAUCGACAUAGUUUUAAUAUUUUUUGAUUCCUCUACAUAAAACGAAAUUAGGACUUUACUGCUUCCAUGUAUGUAUGCGUAUUGCAAUAAAAAGUAAUUAACUACUAAUAAUGCAGGCAAAUACAAAACAUCAUUUACUUAGUUAUAAUACUACUUCAUAGUUUUAACUUGACGCCAGUUAAAGAUUAAAAAAAAAAACAAAUAUAUAUAUAUUAUAUUGUAUGUAUAUUUUUAGUUAAAUAAUAUAUGUAUAUACGUAUGUAUUGUAAUCUAAAGUGAAUUAUUAUAACAUACUAUAUACCCUAUGCUCAGAAAGUACCGGGAAUGUUUAAAUGAAACAAAACAAAUGUUUGCCCACAUUUCCGGCCGUUCGCGAUCUACAUCAUCUCUCAAACGCUUCAAAACGGAUAAAUAAUAUUCUUUAUUGACUGUCUGGCCUACCAACAUAAGAAAAAAAUAUGGACGGCUUCCCACAUGCGCGGUUCGUUUAAAUUAAACAUUCCCGGUACUUUUUGAUCAUAGGGUAUGUUUAUACAAUUAUAUUCAAUAUAUAUACAAGGUGGCUCAAAAUUUAUCACCCUUUUUUUAAUAACUUGUUUAGUAAAUAAACAAAAAUGAUUUUAGGUGAUGUAAGUCUUUAUUUUAACCUUUACGCGCUCCGUUGCCUGUCUGUUUGUAUACAGCGCCUGUCACUUCACAAGUGUCAAAUAUGACACUUGGACACUAUGGAAGACGCCGUUUGCACAAAUUAUAAAUCUUCCGAUAGGGUGAUUCAUUUUGCGCCAUAUUGUGUAUAUAUAUCUCUAUAUAUAUGUAUGUAUUUUAGGGCUGGUCAAUUUAUACGGAACUAUUCUCUUCGACAUAGUUCCUAGCAGAUUAUACAUAUAAUUCUAAAAUAAAAAACCAAUUAAAAUAUAAAUCUAAAAUCAGUUUUGAGCUUCCAAGCUUUUAAAAGAAGACAUCUUUAUUAAAACGAAAACAGAGAGGGAGUUAAGGCUAUAAAGAUAGAAAAUGAUCUAAAGCCAAAAUCAUUACAAAAAUACGCCGCACUAAAGUAUUUAAAUCCCUUCUUUGAGUGUACCGUUCUCCCGACUUAAAUGAAGUUAUCCUUUAGUUACUUAAGGCACAGGUACACGGAACCUGUACUCAAUUUUACUAAGAGAUACAAGGUUCUCUUCCCGUAUAGGGAAGGGUGGACACUAACCCAGCAUGAAUACAAAAUGAUGCGCAAAGAUGGUAUACAGAUGGAUCUAAAAUGCUCCAAAACAGGGUAAGAGCAGGAAUAGUGGGGCCUAGAGCACAUAAAUCUUUAACAAUGAGUACAGAUUCUAUAAUUUUCCAUGCGAAGCUUUUCGCCAUAAUGGUAACAGUAGAAAUUGUAUCCAAAAGAGGGUUCGAAAAAGUAAAAAUUAAAAUUCUUUCGAACAGUCAAUCAGUCUUGAAAGCAUUAAAUAGCUUUACGUUUAAUUCAAAAGUCCUUAUAGAGCGUAACAAUGCACCCAACAAACUGGCGACUGUUAAUCAGGUUUUCCUGACUCGGGUACCAAGGAGGGACAUGAAAGGGAACGAGAAGACAUACCCAUUUUCGGCUAUAACAACAACAACCUAAAACAGUAAACCAAAAAUGGAUACAAAUAGAAACCAAGGAAUACUGGCAUGACACAAACGGCCUUAAUCACUCCAAAAAGUUCUUAAACUUUAAUACCAACAGAGCAAAAUCUGCUCUAACCCUAAACAAAAAGGGCCUUAAAUUACUCUGUGGAGCACCUACAGGCCACUUUGCCUGCAAUUAGCAUUUCAAUACAAUGGACUAUCUAGCAAUCGUUUAUGCAGAUUCUGCUGUGAUGAAGAAGAGUCCCUGGAACACCAUCCAUGGAUUCACUAAUUGUGAAGCUGGUGCCUACUAGAGGACGAAGACUUCAACAUGCUGUCUUCUAAGGAGCUGAUUUAAUUUCUCGCAAUACCAGAAUAUAUAAUUAAACUUAAGCACUUAGGGGCGGACAAUAGAUCAAUCUGGUCUCAGUGCAUAAAGGCCUUAGCCUAACCCGUGCAACCAUUACCAUUACUUAAGUUAACCCCGUGGCAUCUGACAUAUACUUGUAGAGCAAAAUGUGAAAACCAACAUACCUCUACUCGUAAAACCAGUUAAGCUACAAUAUAUAUCGUACUUAUGGUGAAAAAAGGUAGGUAUUGGCAAAGGUUGCGUGGUAUCUCUCAUACAAACUUAAAACUCAAGAAGUGUACAGAAAAUAAAUGAAUCAACGGAAAUUUUAAAAUCUUAAAACAAUUUUUGUCAAAUCAAAGUACUCCCUGCAACGCACUCCUGCCAGUGUUUGAUUCAGCUCUCGAAACAUUUCUGAAAUUCUAUUUUCGGUAAAUCCAUCAGAGCCGUCUUCGAUUUUUCCAUUACUUCUUUUCGGCUGUGAAAACGCCGAAGUCGUUCCCCGUAGAGGUUUUUUGACUAGAUCAAGCAGAAAAUAAUCGCAGCGAGCCAUGUCAGGUGAAUUCGAUGACUGUUCGAUGGUAUUCGUUUCGUUCUUGGUAAAAAUUCACUAAUAAUAAUGGCACUGUGCGACGGUGCGUUAUUAUUAUUCAAAAUCCAUGAGUUGUUUUCACGCAAAUCCUUCCUUUUCUGACGAAUUACUUCACGUAAACGUCUAAUGGCCCAAAUAAUAGACCUUAUUAAGUGUCGAGUCCUUUGGAACCAAUUUUACAGCAACACGGCGCAAACACAAAUCAUUAGCUACAAUGUUUUCAACGGAUCCAUAGGCAAUGUUCAAGCCCUCGGCCAGCUCUGGUGGUUAAUUUGCGGUUGAUCAACUUUUCUUUCGCUUUUAUGAUGUUUUCAGCAGCUUUGGAUGUCGACGGCCUGCACUAUGCUCAUCAUCCUCUUUUCGGAAGCGUUCAUGCCACUCGUAAACGGCUGUUUUCUUUAUACAGUCAUUACCAAAACAGUUUCCUUAUAUUUGUAAGGUUUUUUUCGCACCAUUGAAUCCAUUUCUAACGCAAAAUUUAAUACCAACUCGUUGUUGUAAAAUCAAAUCCAUUUUUAAAACUGUAAAAAAUCGAAGGCACGUGCGGAAGUAUAUUAGAUUGACUCAAGACAGCGAAACUUGUACAAAUGUCAAGCAAUGGCGAUAAAAUUUUGGUGAAAAUAUUAAUCAAAAAACACAACAGAACUCAAAUAAGUUGACUUAGAGCAUCACCAAAUACAAAUCAUUAGCUACAAUGUUUUCAACGGAUCCAUAACCCUCGGCCAGCUCUGGUGGUUAAUUUUCGGUUAAAAUGCUAAUCACAAAUGUGUCCGCCUAGAAAAAAAAAGAACAGAACUCAAGUUGUUAUAUUUUAUCACUUUGUAUAGUUCAAAUGAAAUUGGAUAAAACUUACUACUUACAAUGAGAAUUGUUCUUGGUCAAAUUUUCGACUAGGGGCGAUACUAGUAAUUGUAAAUACGUUGUUAAUUGUAAAAAAAUUAUAAGUAAGAUUAUAAGCAAAUUUUUUUUAAAUAUUGUAAAAUUUAAUUGUUUUUGGUGUGUUUACAAGAUGAUUUACUUAUAAAAAAAUGAGAUGCAAUCACUUUAACAUUAAAGAAUUAUUUAUAAUUUGCUUUAUAGCGCCAUUUUGAUGCUAUAGAUAAAAAAAAAUAGUUAUCAAAAAUUAAUUUUUCGUAGCAAAAAGUCCUCAAGUACAAGUUUUUAUAAAAAAAAAUUACAUUCAUGAUACUUUAGUUAAUAUUAAUUAAAGAUAGCUUCUUU